AGAACAGCUUCAGUCUCCACAGGCAGGCAGACAGACAGACAGACAGACAGACAGACAGACAGACAGGUGUAAUGUAUGUGUUCAGGUGUGUCUGCGGGCUGCUUUGUAUUAGUGUGUGUGUGUGCCUGAACCUCUUGAAUGAAGCCGUGAUGUUCAACGGAACAACAGGAAGUCUGUUUGGAUUCUCUGUCGACUUUCACACUUUUAACAACAAAUCAUUUGUUGUUAUUGGAGCUCCCAAAGCCAACACCAACCAAUCAGGAGUGAUGGAGGGAGGGGGAGUGUUCCUCUGCCCCUGGUCACCUGAGGGUGGGACCUGUGACAUCAUCAACUUUGACCUGGAAGGUGAUGAGGUCUACAGAAGCUCAGAGCUGUUGUUUCACACCUUCAAGAGUGGGCAGUGGUUUGGAGCUUCGGUUCGAUCAGUCACCAACACACACUUACUGGCGUGUGCACCACUCUUUCAUUGGAACGUUCAGAGACAAGGAGCAGAGUCAGGGCAAACACCUGUGGGGAACUGCUUCCUGUUGGACCAGAGGACAGGAAUGUCGACGCCCUUCUCCCCCUGCAGAGGAAACAUGUUGGAGGAAGACUACAAACGCAUGGACAACAGAAAUGACCAGCGCUACUGUGAGGUUGGCUUCAGCAUUGACAUCACCAAGGAGGGUCGGCUGAUGCUUGGGGCUCCAGGAAGCUUUUAUUUCCAGGGUCAGGUCAUCACAGUGGGUGUAAGUGACAUUACUGCUAGUGGGAAGAGCAACGAUCCUAUCCCAUAUGUAACUGGCGUCAGCCAGUCAGAUGAGAGAGGAGGUUAUGACCUUUACCGCGGUUACUCUGUGGCCAGUGGUCAGCUGACUGGAGAUUCUACACCAGAUUAUCUGGUUGGUGUUCCAAAUGACAGGAACACAGCAGGAACAGUGAGGAUCUACGAUGGCAGGAGUUAUGGAUCCCUGAUAGUCUCUCACAGUUUCCAGGGGGCUCAGGUGGCGUCAUACUUUGGACACAGUGUGGCUGUUGCUGACUUCAACAGUGACGGUUUAGACGAUGUCCUGAUCGGAGCUCCUCUUUUCAUGGACCGAGUUACAGAGCAGCUGCAGGAGAGAGGACAGGUGGUUUUGUACCUGCAGAGAAGACACAUCUCCUUCUCCUCCCAACCUGACCAAUCACUGAUCGGCUUCUCUGUGUAUGGGCGGUUUGGCUCCGCCCUUGCUGUGCUGGGUGAUGUUGACAUGGACGGUUACCACGCAAACAUCAACCAUGAGGCAUUAGCUAAAGAAGCUAACUGUCAGGUAACCAAACCGUCUGACGGUAUUUCUACAGAUGUUGCUGUCGGGGCUCCCUGGUCAGGUGACCAUGAGCAGGGACAGGUGUUUAUUUACCUUGGCAACAGCAACGGUCUGUCAGCCAUACCCUCCCAGGUGAUUGACAGCCCAUUGCCUAGCAGCAGGACAGCAUUCGGCUUCACUCUGAGAGGCGGGACUGACAUAGACGGGAAUGGUUACCCAGACCUGCUCGUGGGAGCAUGGGCUGCAGAUCGAGCUCUGGUCUACAGAUCCCAAGCAGUGAUCCGGACCAGAGUUUUGCUCUCUUUGCUGCCGGACUUCCUGAAUCCAGAGGUCAAACGGUGUAAUCGAGAAAACACACCUGUGUCAUGUUUUGAUGUCCAGAUGUGCAUCUACGUGUCAGGUCACAUAAUUCCACGGGAGACAGCACUGGGAGUGGAGCUACAGCUGGAUAAGAUGAAGCAACCAAUGGCAAGACGGACUCUGCUGCUGUCGACCAAUCAGCCACAGGACAUGAUAAAGCUGAUGGUUCAGAGGGAGGUGGGCGUGGCUUGCAUUAAUCAGACUGCCUACCUUAGGUCUGAAGAGGAUAUCCAGGAUAAGUUGAGUCCAAUCUUCAUCACUGUCAAUGUCAGCAUCCUCAACACUACCCAGCAUGCCUUGCUGCAUGGACAGACACACGCUGCUGCACAGACCAGGAUUAUUCUGGACUGUGGAGAUGACAACAUCUGUGUUCCUGAUCUGAAGCUGAGAGCUGAACCCCUGUCAGACUUCGUGCUUGUUGGUGGGGAUCAGUCUGUGUUGUUGUUGGUGUCAGCAGAGAACGAUGGUGAAGGAGCAUACGAGACAGAGCUGGUGGUCCAAAUCCCUAAACAUACACACUUCCAGAGCAGUCAGGGUGUUCACAGACCAGUGUGUGUUCAAAGGAAACAGAAUCACAGUGUCAUCGUGACCUGUGACCUUGGAAACCCCAUGAAACGAGGACACACACUGCAGACGGGUCUUCUAUUCAGCGUCGGUCAUCUGGAGGAAGUUGAGAGUCACAUCACAUUUAACCUCAGGAUCAGGAGUAAGAACCAGGUGAAUCACAGCAGUAACGAGGUCCUAGUGAAGGUUCAGGUGAAAGCGGAGGUGUCAUUGGAGAUCAGAGGAGGCUCCUCCCCUCCAGAAGUUCUCCUGCCCCUCCCUGACUGGCAGCCUGCAAUGCAUCCUGAUAAUUUAGAGGAAGUGGGUCCACUGGUGGAACAUGUUUAUGAGUUGAGGAACUACGGUCCCAGUGCGGUCAACGCCCGACUGACAGUGGACUUCCCCUCCACCUGGCGACAUCACUUCCUGCUCUACGUGUUUUCGAGUGCGUCAGAAGAAUCACUGAUGUGCAAGACCUUGAACAUGUCGCAGAUUGACCCCUUCAAGCUCCGUGGUAACUCCUCCAGCUUGCCUGUAGUUCUUCCGUUGGUCCAGCAGGAGGAGAUGAAUGUCCUCAGUCAAACUGUUCAUCUAAACUGCAGCAGCAGUGAGACAGGGUGUGUCAGGUUUGUGUGUGAUGUCACAGCAUUGAGGCGGGGCUUCAGCGCUGUUGUCAGAAUUUCAGCCAGACUGUGGACACACACGCUUGUACAGACUUCCUACCUGAACUAUGAGCUUGUUUCCUCCGCCUUUUAUGAUGUCAUCAAUGCAUCAUCAAAGGUCCAACCAUUGCUGCUGCCAGGUGGACACACACAGACUCAGCUCAGUGUGUUGUGGCGUCCUCCUGAUGGAGAGAAAGACGUUCCUAUUGGCUACAUCAUCCUGUCAAUCAUCUCAGGACUCCUCCUCCUGAGCAUGCUCUGUGUCAUCUUCUGGAAGCUGGGUUUCUUUAAGCGUACUCGCCCCCCCACUGAUGAUGAUGAUGAUGAUGAUGAUGAUGACAAUGAACAGCACCAGAUGGUUGAGGAGAGUCGCAUGACUACAUAACUACAUAACACACAUGCAUGCAUGCACACACACACAGUUGUGUAAGUUUUGAAGUUUGUAUUUCAUUGUUUGCUCACAAACAUAGAUGACUGAUCAAACUAACGAACCAUUCUAACUAACCAACCAACCAACCAUUCUGUGAUCAUUUUAACCCCAACACUAACCCUAAUCUGAUAAAUUUGAAUUGUUUAGGAAUAUGUUUUGAUUGAUCAGACGAUUCAUAAUGUAAACAGACAUGUUAACAAUCACCACAUCAGCAUGUAAUCAAGUUUUGGUACUUAAUAAUUGUAAAAUCUCAAUAUUGUAGUAAUGAAAUGUAGAUGUCAGCAGAUAGAAGUGUGCAUUUAUUAAAGGUCAGUAUUUGUUAUGAAGACAUUUAACAUAAUUAAAACUAUUCUCACUCAACA